AAACGUUUGUCAUAAAAAAUACUUAUGCAUUGAAAGUUGGUUUCGUAUCAGUACAUGCCGGUAUGAUUUGCUUGUUAACGUUGAAGUAAUUCAUUUUAAAGCGUUUAAAAGUUCGCGAGUGGGAAGUUCCUAUUUACAUCAUGAUUUCAAAAUAACUCGAACGAGAGAAUUUUUACAUGAUUUUUUGCUACCAUAUUCAUAAUUCUCAAACAGUACGUGGCAUAAUGAUUACAAUUUUAAUUGUUUGUUGAAGAUCUGUGUCGAUUUGAAUAUGAAUAUUCGGAAUAUUGGGAACGUUUUGCUCAUUUUGGGCGUGGUCAUUGAAAUUUGUUGUGCCGAAUCUCAAAAUACUAUCGUAUCUCAUGACAAUGACACUACCACCGUAUCUCAUGACAAUGACACUACCACCAUAUCUCCUAAACCUACCGUAUCUCAUGACAAUGACACUACCACCGUAUCUCCAAAUACUACUGUACCUACAAAUACUACCGGAUCUUAUUGUAGUAAUGUCCCUUCAAGUAAUAAGCCAGCGAAUUCCAUUAUGACUCCUAGUACCGGAUUUCCGCGAAAAACUUUUAGUUGCAGAGAUGGCAGAUACGUAGCAAACGAACAGUUUUGUGAUGGCGUUUUUAACUGUGAUGAUAAGAGUGAUGAACCACCGCAUUGCACUGAGUCACAUCUGCAAGUUUGUGGUACCUCUGGGAAAUUCCGCUGUCCUAAUUCUACACAUCCUUGCAUUGAUGCGGAUCGAAUUUCUGAUACGGUGGUAUAUGAUAAAUACUUGAAGAAAGAGAAUUAUAAGAAUAUGCCUCAAGACAUUUUAUUCAAUUGUACAAAUGAAAAUGCAACAUGUAAGGUUCAGUUUAUGCACAAUGACGUUCGCCAAUGUUUUAAUAGUUCAUCCAACAGUUCUGAGAAACAAAAGGAAAAUAAUAAUGAAGGCAAAUGUUCAUCAUACAAUGAAACUUUUCUAUGUAACGAUACAAGAAGAUGCUUGAGCUGGGAAAACGUUUGCGACGGAGAUUGCAAUUGUUUGGAUUGCUCUGAUGAGAAUGAAACCUGUUCAACAGUUGAUCAUGAUAUGCUCGCAGAGUGUCGCUCAUAUUUACCUUUUGUAUUACGUCCCAAGUGCUUGGAUAAUUUAAAUCUAUCUACACCCAUCAACAAUUGUUCAAGUGAUGAGACUUGUGAUCAAAAAUGUACUCUAUAUAAAAAGAGAGCAAUGUGUUCAUGCAAUGAAAACUACUAUAGAAUAACGGACGGAGAAAAUAGUUUCAGAUGUCAACAUAAAGAUUUCGAGCAAGAUGUAAUUAUCUAUGCAACAUCGACUGAACUGAAAUAUCUAAGUUUGACAACUAGGAAGUCUCAUGAGCUGUACCUAAACCCGGCUGAAAUUACUGCUUUGACAGCAACAACUGAUCACUUGUACUACGCAAUUUAUUCGAACGGAAGUGCAAUAAUUACCAAAUACUCGUUCUCUUCGACGAAUGCCACAGAAAUUGAACCCUACAGUCGUAAUCCAGAUUCGCCCAUUACUUCAAUGGUUGUUGAUCACUCUGGAAGAAAUUUAUACUUUAUCGCAAAAUCAACUUUAAUGCAUUAUAAACCUUCUAAUUCCUCUAAUGCUGGUUUUUCAUUUCAAAAUGUGAGUCACGUCGCAUCGGCUCCAAAUUAUGGAUUGAUGUUCUACUCGUAUACAAAGAAAAAUGACCCUCUCAUAUGGUCCAUUAUCAAGUAUAACAUGACUGCAUCGGAGGAGGAAACUUUGAUUGAAGAAAUCCACAGUUCUAUUAAAUUUUUAGUGACUGAUGAAUCGAUUAAAAGAUUAUAUUGGUUGCAAGCAAAUGGUUGUACUUUGUUUUCUGUGCCUUUCAACGGGGAUACCAGCGAAAUUCGAACGUACGAGCAUCUCGAAAAUGUAGUAUCUCUCACAGCCCACGAUAGCAAAGUAUUUUACACCAAGUUAAACGAUGGCAGAAUUUACACUUUGCAAAAUCGUCAAAAUUUUACCAAAUCAAUUCGAAAAUCGUAUUAUGGUCGUUUCAAUGUUUUCGGAUAUCUGAAUGGAAGUUCGCAGUAUCAUGAUGGACAGCCCAGCGUAGGAUACUUUAUUACAGCGAAACAUUUAUAUGUCUAUAGAAACAAGGUACUAUUUAAUCACGCAGUGAAUGAAUUUGAAACUAAAAAAUCCAAACCGAAACCUACUCCAACCCCAAAAACUCCCUUUACAACUGCAAAUACUACAGUGAGUACAAUAAUAACUACGACACCUAAACUUAAUGGAAGUUCUACACAACCAUCACAAGAUCAUUCUCCUCAAGAAGAAGGUCAAAAAAGCGAACAGGAACAGAAGUCAGGAAGUAGCUUUUGGCAGAUCUUUUCUGUAAUAAUUAUAUUGAUUGUGGCAGCAUUCGGAUUAUACGUCUGGUAUAACAGACGUAGGAAUCCAUAUACGAGUUUUAAUGCUAGAACAUGGUUUAGGAGUCAUUAUGACCACACAAAUGAUUAUGAUCAGAACGAACUUUAAACAAACUACAAGUUACUUGGCUAUCUACAAAUUUUGGUGUAUAAAUUUAAACUUUCACUUUGUAUAGAGUCGUACACCAGUCUUAUGGAAAUUUUUUCCCCCAAUGGUUUUAUUUAAUAUUGUUCGAUUUUACGAUCAUUUGCGACAGAAAAAAUUGCGAAAUUAUACUUAAUAAGGGUACCUAAUUCUAAUCACUAUAGGUACUUCAAUAAUACCUACUUACUUCUAUGUAUAAACUGUAUAAAGUUUAUGAAAUAUUUUUUUGUUAUUUCAUUAAAGUUUCUUCUUACA